UUUACUUGUUCAGACAUAGUAAAACCCAAAUACCUCAAUGCCUUCAAAUGCCUGCAUAUCGCUGUGAAAUGCAUGGCGCAGGGUACUGACCACUGUAUCACAUGUUAUAGUUUCUUCCCGACCCAAUCGCGUACAGAGUGCGAAAGAACGAUUGCCGGGAUGUCUGUGCUCGAGCUUUAGUUAGCCUAAACUUGUUUUCGCGAUGCACAUCGCAGCAAUAGAUUCAUCACUCAAUACACACCAACCUAUGACCGUUCGAGUUGCCCAUCGUUAUAUACGGCAUCGAAGUUUACCACCUGACUAACGUACUGAGCAUAAGUAAAGCUUAGGUAAAGUAUAAAUUAGAUAAUUAGGAAUUUGACGACCACAAUAUUAUUGCACGUGGGAGUGAGGGCGCUUCAGUCGGCCUAUUUUGAGUUUUUAUCGUGAUAUUUUACGAGAAUAUGCUGAAACACUUCAUAGUAUAUGCGCAACAGUAUUAAAAUCUUUCAUAGUACGAUGCAUCUGCCAUAGUCUCUGCUAUACUUGAUAAUUGUAACGCCACCGUGUGUUUCCAAUAACGGCCACGCAAAACCAAGUGCAGUAAUCUCGUGGUUGGGGUAGUACCAAAUAGUCUAUAAUUAUAGGCUAUUUGGUAGAAUCCACUCAACCAUUGCGCUAUGUCAGGAUAGCUAAAUAACCAUUAAAAAGACGCAAAAUAUCAAAAUCAAUUUCUCAUGAAUAAGUGCGGCGAGAAUAGGACAACUUCCGAUGUUAGCCACCGUCUGCCGUUAGCAUCAAUGUCAUAAUUCUAUCGUUUCCGAGCAUGCGCAGUUUUCAGCACACUCACCACAAUCAAUUGACCAUUGACGUCACUGACCCACUUGUGACGUCGUUGGGAGGAUAAUUUACACGCUACUCUACAACGUGCACCUACCACAAGUGAUCUAUAUACACAUGGAUGUUACUCGUGUAAACCUGAACCGAGGGGCACAUAGUGAUAUAGUUAUGACAUAGCUUAGUUCUUGCACUUAGGACGAGGCAUAGGUAUUUUUCUUCUUUUUUUAUUAGCUGCGUAGGCGUUAACGCGCAUGUGUUUCAAAUAGAAUUCCUUUGGGCGCUCAAAUAAUGAGGUAUCCUCAUGAUUCGCCUUGUGAUUACGCUUUAUGAUUUGGCAGGUCAUUUUUUUCUAUUAAACUGAUAUAAAUACGUGUGGGCUCCUGUGUUUAUCGAUAUGGAAUGGAACAGAAAAUCCAUUCAGCUUCUCAUUCAAGCAUACAAAGACGAACCCUCACUCUUCGAUCACAGGCACCCCCAAUAUCAUUUGAAGGCCAAUAGAAAGGAAAAACUUGCAAAAGUUGCACAAAGGGUUGGGGAGGUGCUACCUGGUGUUACAGCCAAUGACUGCAAAAGCAAAUUUGCAACAUUGCGGUCGCACUAUGGCGCUGAACUUAAGAAGAUGCGAACCGGUAAGGAAACCGGGGUAGUUUACUCACCCACUGUGUGGUGGUUUCCACUGAUGGAGUUUCUGAAAAACCGAAUUGUACCCAGAUCAUCACACUCAAAUAUUCCCGAAAGAUUUUUUUCAUAUAAGCCCCAGGCAGUAUCCAUGGAUUCCAGUCACUCCUCUGACCUAAUGGAUUGUUAUGAUCUUUCAGAUGGACCACAGUUGCAGAUAGUGGAAUCCAGAAGUACAGAGGACACUGCAGACAGUGGCAGUGACAAUCACUCAGAGUUUUCCACAGAAAUCGUUGAAGUGAAAACUGAAAUUGAUGUGAUGCCCUCAGAGUGUGUCACCACUGAGACACAAGAUGCUCCAGAGCCACCAGAAACACAUCGUCUUUAUGCAGAAACACAACAUCAUUAUGAAAAGCCUUCAAAGCGACAAAAGAAAGAUGAUGAUGAUACAUUGCUCUUAUCCACAUUGUCAGUGUUGGAGAAAGUCAGUUCAUAUUUAGAUCGAACAACGGAAGAUGACACACUGGGGAAAUUUGUGGCAGAAGAGUUACGAAAAAUGGACAAUUACAUUUGUAUUAAGACAAGAGCAAAACACCGAAUACUCCAAGCCAUAAUGGAUGCCCAGAUGGAGAUAAUUCGUGAAAUACAGAAGACAAAGAAAAGUAACAUGGAAUGUUCAAACUGUACAAAAUAAAUUAAAUUAUUUUAAAAUAAUUGUUUAAUAUGUCCCAUCACCAAGGUUCGUAUCUGGUGGUAAUAAAAUGAUCGAGAAAAACUGUUGGAUGCU